UCAAAGACUGUUUCCACUGUCACUCGUUCAUCUCUUGCACAGGGCGCACUCUAGUUCUUUACAGAGUCAUGAUGAAGUGGGACGCAGCGAGAGGUUGUACGAAUACAUUACCCCUUUGAUGAACAUUUACAGCGUUGUGGAUGCAAAGGCAAACAGUCGGCCCUUUCUGAAGCGACGCUGACACACACUGGCUCCUCCUCUUGGUCCCUCCUCCUCCUCUUCUUCAUCCUACUCUCCCACUUGCUCACCUUUUCCUCCCUCCUCUUACAUGUUGCUCAGUGCUCAGAUACAGGAUGAGGCUUUUGGCCAUGUGGGAAUUUCUCCUAAUAGUUGGUUGAGUCCGGAUGUUGGUGAAGACGCUCGUCUAUCCGAGCGACUUUUUAUAACGAGGCAAGGAGACGAAAAGGAUUUGAGGCCUUGAGGAUUGAAGAAGAUUGAUUCCGCUUUCUCUGCCAGAGGAGUUGCUUGUAUUUUGCAGAAAGAGCCAGAAACUGGGACUUGUGUUCCUUUUGUAUCUUACCCAGAAGACGGUGAGUUUUGAAUGAAAAGGGAGAAACUUUUAAGGAGAUCUUGAUUCACUGCUGAUGACCAGGAGCUUUCUUUGGAAACGUAGCUGCUCUGUCACAUGGACAUUGACACUAAACAGCUGUUGCUUUUACCAUCUCGUCUCAGAAAGAAAACUGGACCGUUAUAUUGCAGUACAUGGCAGUACUGAAAAAACAUGUUUGCAUCAAAGCACCUCGUACUUAGCAACUGAAGAGGAUGAGAGACGGUGUGAUGACCUACCUGUAUUUGACAAGUGUGUUUUUCACCUCGUUGGAGAGAGGAGCACAGAGGAAAAAAAGUCAGCGAGAGGAAAGAGGGGAGGGGAAGAGCGAGCCAGCGAGGGAAGGUGUGAAGCCAACACUGUGAAGCAGAGGGAUAGGGAAGACCAACAGAAAGACACGAGUCAACUCUCCCAGACAGAAAAAGGAGUAAAAAGGAAAAACAGCGUAUCAAAGAACUGACCAAACGUCCAUUUAACGCCGGAGCAUCGUGUUUUGUCAGAGCCGUACAGGGAUAACUCUUAAUGGAACCAACAUUUGGAGCCUUCCUCUGACCUGUCAACAAUAACACGGACACAUAACAACAUGGAUGUAAAUCCUCCAAACAACACUUUUGCCAACACCUCACACGUCCAGAUGUCUUCCCACAACGUGUGGGAGGUUAUAGCGAUCGCUACCGUGUCAGCCAUUGUCAGCUUGAUAACGGUUGUUGGUAACGUGCUGGUGUUGCUGUCCUUCAAAGUCAACAGCCAGCUGAAGACUGUCAACAACUACUACCUGCUGAGUUUGGCUUUCGCUGACCUCAUCAUAGGAGUGUUGUCCAUGAACUUGUACACCACAUACAUCCUGAUGGGUUACUGGUCCUUGGGAAACCUUGCAUGUGAUCUCUGGCUGGCGGUGGAUUAUGUAGCCAGCAAUGCUUCGGUUAUGAACUUACUCGUCAUCAGCUUUGACAGAUACUUCUCCAUCACCAGGCCGCUGACUUACAGAGCUAAAAGGACUCCAAAGAGAGCCGCCAUCAUGAUCGGCCUCGCAUGGCUGGUGUCUUUUGUCCUCUGGGCGCCACCCAUCCUGUGCUGGCAGUACUUUGUAGGAGAGAGAAACGUGCCUUCUGACCAGUGCCAGAUCCAGUUUUUAACAGAGCCUGUGAUCACGUUUGGUACGGCCAUUGCUGCUUUCUACAUCCCUGUCUCCGUGAUGACCAUCCUUUACUGCAGGAUCUACAAGGAGACGCAGAGACGCACCAAAGAUCUGGCAGAACUGCAAGGCUUAGCAAAGGAAAAUGUUCUGGAGGGGACUAAACCUCAGAAAACCAUCAUUCACUCUUGCUUUCAUUUCACCAGAGAGAGGCGAGAACGGAGUCAGGCCUCAUGGUCGUCCUCUAACCAAAGUAACGUCACUAAAAUGACAACUAGAUCAGACGAUGCAUGGGUGAAAUCUGAUCAGAUCACCUCCUUUAACAGCUACUCCUCAUCUGACGAAGAAGAGCAGCAUGUUUCAAUAGAAACCCCACAGGGAUCAUUCAAAGAGCAAGAGAGUGUUCAGAGUAAUAAGAACGGGCAGGUGGGGGAUUACACAGAAGAACUGUUCUCCACUCCUAAAAAGAAGAGCAGUAAAAAAAAGUUGUCUUAUAAAUUCAAACCUGGCUCCAAGCCUAAAAACGGCAAACCUAAAACAGCGUCACCCUGCCUGCCUGAAGCAGAGCAGCCUCCCAAAACCGCCUCCCCUUCGGCCUCCUCCACCUCCAAACCCCUGGACCCCGUCCUGAAGAACCAGAUCACCAAGAGGAAGAGGAUGGUGCUGGUGAAGGAGAAGAAGGCGGCGCAGACUCUCAGCGCCAUCCUCCUGGCCUUCAUCCUGACAUGGACGCCGUACAACAUCAUGGUGCUCAUCUCCACCUUCUGUGCCGAGUGCAUCCCCACGUCGCUGUGGCACCUGGGCUACUGGCUGUGCUACGUCAACAGCACCAUCAACCCCAUGUGCUACGCCCUCUGCAACAAGACUUUCCAGAAGACCUUCCGCAUGCUCCUGCUCUGCCAGUGGAGGAGGAGGAGGAGGAGAGGCGAGGACAAGCUGUACUGGUGCGGACAGAACGCAAACGCCAACAAUAAAGUGACUUGAUGUGGCACAUGUUAAUAUUAGAGCAGACGUGUGGAUGUUCUUGAUGUAUUCUGUAGUCAGCGGUCAUCUUCAGCAUGAAGUGCUGCAUGUGGUUUUUGUGUUAAAGUAUACUUGUUGGUGGAAAAUUAGCUGAGCCUGAUGCAGAACUUAAACUGCUGCUCCAUAUUAGAAGGUUGCUAUACAGUCUUACAAAGGUUUAAAUCAACUUUAAGAUGAGAACUGAACCCAUUUUAUAGUCUUGGGGAAUACGACUAAUUUCACCAAAGUCAUGAAUUUCCAAUGUUCAUUUUUUUGAACCGACAUGUUGUUAAACAAAACUCUUUCUAGAUUUUUUUGUUGAAUUAUCUUACACUUUCAAUUUUUUUUUGUAAAAACAUUGCAAGGAAUUCAACAUUACAUUUCUAUAGAGGAAUAUGAAAUGAAUCCCUAUUGUAGUCACACUUUUAAGCUUGAAGGAAUCACUUCCACACCAAUGUAGACAGGAGGAAUGAUAACAGGACCUUGUAAAAACAUACUUUUAACGUAUUUGCAUUAGAGUAAAAACUCUGAACUGGUCCUUUAAACUUCAUGUUAUCCUCCUAUAUUCUUUCACCCACUUGCACUGUAUAUAGGACAUACUGUAGGCGUACACAUUUCAAAGUAAUUAAUAAAUAAUAGUUCACUGAUUCUGUUUUACACCCAAAUGUAUAAAUUGCUGAAUGUAUAUCAAUGUUGUGUUUUCCUAUCUUGGCUCUGGCAAAUCGAUAUUUGAUCUUGUGUUUAAGGGCUAAUCUGUACAUUUCUGUGCAUUUAAGUAAGAGAUUGUUUAUGGAUCACACCUCUUCUUUCUGUCACUAUUCAGAUUACUGUAAAAACUUCAACACAAGGUAUUUUAACCGAAUUAAGCCGACCACCAUGUCUCUCUAAACGAUGACUGAUGCUGUUGUAAAUGAUUGCACUUCUAUCGUCUUUUAAUGAUGUAAUGUCAAAAGUUAUCUCCCUGAACUGUGCCUUUUGUUCUGCCGAGAAGCAAGAGAGCUUUUUGAUUGGAUUUGUGCUCAUUGUCUGUGUGCAGUUUUGUGAAAGUGAGUCUGUGUGUUCUGAUAUGAACAGUAAAAAACAACUCGAAGGCAGAAAAUCACUUUUGUCAGCAUGAACCUUUUACAUCAAGUGUUGAAUCUUGCUUUGUACUUGUAUUUAUUUUUUAAUAAAAAGAUUGCCAAUCAUUACCCGCUCCAAUAGUUGAUAGCAUGGAUGAACGUUACAGCUAGAAUGACA